GUUUCAUUUCUAAGGGUUUGCUCAAAUAAACGCAUACUAGGCACGCACGCCAACGCUACUUGAAAUCUGUAAUGGCCAGUGCAAGCGCGUGCUGCGCUGGCACCGAGAAUGGUAUCACUAAUGAGCCCCAAACAAGUAGCUUAAGCGGGCGCGAUGCCGCGGACGCGGCACGGUACGGGCUCCCGGACCCCUCCGACCUAGCGGACGACCCCACGUUGGCGGGCUGCUGCGCGGAGGACCUGAAGAACUUCCGGCGAGCGGAGAGGCUUCGCAACGCCUUGUUGGAAGUGGAUCCCACCAUGGCGCGCCUGAAACUGACGGGGCAGGUGCUGCCGGGCCCGCCGCCGCCAGCGCAGCCUGGGCAGCAGGGCGAGGGAAGCCCCCUAGAGCUGACGGAUGACGACGAGGACGACCCAGAACUGGUUGACCUGCGUGCGCGGCGUCUGCAGGAGCUGCAGCGGCAGGCGGCGGAGCGGCAGGUGGCGAGCAGCCAGGGGUACGGCCAGCUGAACGACGUGCCGGGGGCCAAGUUACUGGCCACGGUGGAGGGCGUGCAGGGGCCGGCGGUUGUCCACGUGGCCAUUCCAGGGCAUGAGGCGGGCGCGCUGCUGGACGAGUACCUGGCGGUGUUGGCACACCGGCACCGCGGCACGUUCUUCGGCAGGGCGGCGCUGCGGGGCGGCGGCCGCGGCGACCCGCUGGCGGCGCAGCUACGGCUGGGGGACACGGGGCUGCCAGGCUUGGUUUGCUUCCGAGGCGGGGCGGUAGUGGGGAGAGCGCCGCUGUCACAGUUUGGGCCGCCCGGCGGGCUUGUGGAAGAGGAGGUGUCAUCAUACCUGGAGCGGUUGCGAGUGCUGCGAUCCGGGCAUUCGGGGCCACCGCGGAGGCCUGCGGGGGCACAGCGGAGGCGCGGCGGAACCUCAGACAACGAGGAGGGUGGCGAGGUGGAGGAGGACGAGGAAGAGGAGUGGCGGCUCAAGCCGUGCGAGGUGUGUGGCAGGCGGUACCCACACGAGCACGUGCGGGCGGUGUAUGGGUCAUCAGCCGCAGCGCAGGGGCAAGGCGGGAGCGAUGACGACGACGGUUGAUGCUGUCGACCACGGCUAGUCGACAACAACCCCAACUGCGGGUAUUCCUUAAAAGAAAGAGUUGACGUGGGCUUGGCUGUUGGCGCCAAGGCGGUUGUUGCGCUGCGCGCAGCGCCUUGAGGACGCUCACUGCUUACAGUGCUUGCAAGUGCGUGCCGGGCGAAGGAAGGACUUGAUAGUUGUUGCCAUCACCGCUAGUCACUGAAGCAUGCAGCGUGUAAUGUGAUAGAUGUUGAGAGUCCUGACGAGUCACGUAACCGUGCGAGGGGCUCCGCCGCGGUGGUGCCGUCCUAUGGAGCCACCCGAAGGGCCCAUGGGCAGCGCAGCAUCUGAAGUUGAUGCUUGUGGUGAAAAAUUUGCAACUGGGAACCG